AUGGACGUGCAAGUGUAUCGCGUCCACCCUUCAGGUUAUCCAAACAUUAGCCAGCAGAGGUUCAAGCUCUCUACUAAUGACUUACUGAAUCGGAAACCCGUGUACGUACCAGUUUGCUUGUUCUUUCGCGCUCCCGAUGAAAGCAAACAUGAUACAACCCAGCUACUCGUAGCCGGACUGGAGAGGACAUUGCGCCAGUGUCGCUUCUUGGCCGGUACGAUUGAGCGAGACAAGGCAGGAGACUAUUACAUCUUGUCCAGACAAGAGGGUACUGUUGACUUCAUCCAUAAUCGACUCGAUCACGACGAGACCGGCCAACUCGCAUUUGCAUCUUACGACAGCCUCGAAGCCAAUCACUUCCUCAUUCCAAACUGCAGUGACAAAGCACACUUGCGCGUACAGACUCUGCCGUACGGCCAAGGGAGCGCAGACCCGGGCCAUAGUCCGCCCGUUAUUGGUGUUCAGGCGAAUCUGAUUCCGGGUGGCAUCGCCCUUGCCAUCCACUUCCACCAUUGGGCCAUGGACUACUGCGCCUUGGCUGGAUUUGUCCACCAAUGGGCCGGCGAUACGUAUGCUCUCACGUGUCAUGUCCCAGGUCCGGAACUGUCCCCUGCUUGUCUGGAUCGGAGUCGUCUCCUGUGCAAGUCCCACAUUGCCACAGAUGCGCAAGUCACCAAUGAUGAGAAAGCCCCGGUGCAGGCGGAAGUGGCGGUUGCGGACUCCGCCCUUGUGGACUCUGCCGUCGAUCCAACUGAGAAUCUGUCCAUCUCGGUGUGUUUAUUCCACCUGAGCAAGAGCAAGGCGGAAGCUCUCAAGGUGCUUGUCACGUCCCAGGCAGGCCUAGACUCCUGCCGCAUCUCCUCGUACGACGCCUUUGUCGCGCUCUGGUGGCGUGUCUUGACCAGGACUCGAGCCAAGUUUCAGAGGCUGCAUUCGCUAGACGCAGUGGCCGAUUUUACGGAAGCCGUUAAUCUACGCCGCAAAUUGGUGCCGCCAUUGCCCGACCGCUACCUUGGGAACGCCGUCUUAUUCGCUACCUCUGCGACCCAGCAGCACAAGCUCACACUCGCGGAUGUCAUGGAGUCGGCUUCGCUCGGCACUAUAGCUACAUAUAUUCGCAGCAUUACCAACUCUGUGGAUGCAGCUUUCAUUGAGGAGCAGUUCGACCAAAUAGAACGAGAUCGGCACCAGGCCGCCGACGUAAAUCAAGCCCACGGAGCCGGCAGCCCGCUUGCAUUUACUGUCAACGACUGGCGCGCGCACAAUGUCCAUGACGCUGAUUUUGGCUUCGGAAGACCCACGGGCUUGAGGCACCUUUUUGGCGUCAUGCCGGUGCUGGUUGUCUUGCCAAAAAAGCGUGUGGCAGGCACUCUCGAGGAUGUUUUUGAGUAUCUCGUGCCUGUGGAAAAUGCAGCCAUGAGCGGCCUCCUUCAGGACCCAGAUGUGAGAGAAUGGUUCGAUUUUCAAGGCGUUGAAUCCGAGCCAUGA